AUGCAGGGGUGGAGUGGGUGGAGCCAAGACCCACUUCCUUUCCCCCUGGGGUUCAGUCUGCCCCAGUCCUGACUAAGCCUCAGGAGGAGCUGGAGGUAUUCACCCUGGCCCGGAGCCAUAUCCAUUAAGCUGGUCCUGGCUCUUGCUCUGAAGAUGGCUCUGCUUCUCCUCCUCUUCGGGGGCUUCUGGACCCAGGUGAUGAGCAGCACCCCUGCUCUGCAGCCCACAAUGAUGUUGAUACCUGCUACCUCACACAAGAUCCCAGGACUCUCUGAAACCUUGAGUGUCAAGCAGACAGGCUCUACUAGGCCAGACACAGUGGACACUAAGGAGACUACCAGCAUCUGGAGUCAGAUCACAUUCCCACUUCCCUCAAGCCCCUUUGGAACUUCUGGAUUGUCUCCUCUUGGGGCUCCUGCUGGUGCUAGCAUGAGCACCCCUGUACCUGAGCCUACAACCUCCCAGGAAGUUUCCAACAAGACGUCAGUAAAGCUUCCAGAUGUUCCCAGUGACCCUCCUGCCACCACAGCCAGUCCUGUGACAGACAGAACUGUGAUAUUUGCCUCUCUAGAAACCUUUAAAGGGUCCAGUGCAUCCCCUGUCACCAUGACAACAAGCUCCAAUGAGACCAGUGGACCCUCUGUGACUACAACAGUAAGCUCCAAGACCAGUAGUCCACCUGUCAUCAUGACUACUGGGUCUCUGGGGUUCUCCAGUGAGACUCAUGGAUUCCCUGCUGCCAUAGCAACCAGUUCUGUGGAGAGUUCUAGUGUAGCUGGUGGCACCCCAGUCUCCAGCAUAAAAAUAUCCAUGAUGUCUACCCCAGAGCCCCUAACCACCAGGACACCACACCAGGGAUCAAGUGGCAUGUUGCUAGUGCCCAUGCUUGUGGCCUUGCUAGUAGUUUUGGCUCUUGUCGUGAUAUUACUGUUGUGGCGCCGGCGGCAGAAGCGGAGGACAGGGGCCCUGACCCUGAGCAGAGGUGUAAAGCGCAAUGGGGUAGUGGAUGCCUGGGCUGGGCCAGCCCGGGUUCCUGAUGAAGAGGCUACAAUAGCAACAGCAUCAGGGCCAGGGGGCAACAAGGGCUCUGAGGCCCUGGAGGCAGAGGGGUCCAGCCAGCAUCCCACACUCUCCACUUUCUUCAGCAGACGGAAAUCUCGCCAGGGCUCUUUAGUACUGGAGGAGCUGAAGUCUGGGCCAGGUCCCAACCUAAAGGGGGAGGAAGAGCCACUGGUGGGAAGUGAGGAUGAGGCUGUGGAAACCCCCACUUCUGAUGGGCUAGAAGCUAAAGACGGGGCUGCACCUCAAAGCAUAUGAGCAACAGGAGGUCUUCAUCCCACCUGCUGCUUACCCCUGGAUCCUGCUCCUAGCAUCCCCACAUUCUACACUGUGAACCAAGUGCACUCAUUCAUUCAUUCAUUCAUUCAUUCAUUCAUUCAUUCAUUCCCUCUCCCCUCUUUCUUCCAUGCUCCCUUUGGAACCAGUUGCUGAAUCUCCAUGAGAAUAAUCUUAGUUGACCCACAGUUUCUCCAAGGAUCCCCCUUGGGAUGCUGGGGUCUGGUAGGUAGAAUAAAGUAACAAACCAGCGGAUUUCUGGUUUCUGAAACUUCUUCAGGACUCCCAUUGCUCAGGGGCCAGCUUAGAGCCCGGAUGGGGCCGUCCAGCUUGCUCCUGGAUGACCUGUGACUUUUCCCAGAGCACUUUGACUCUGGACUGGCUGGUAGCUGCUGGUGGAGGCUGCCAGAGACCCGGUACCUGCUGUGUCCAUUCUGAGGUGUGGUUUGUGUGCAGAUGUGACACUUAGGUGAUGGUUGUGAACAGUGCUGGUGAGUACAGAUGGAGGGAAGGGACUGGGAAAGUGAGGGACACAGGAACUACUGGAAACACAGGUCCCUUCAUCUUGCUCAGACAGGGUAGAAAUGGCUGAAAACCUAAAUCUGUCUGGAGCCUCCAAAGAAUGCAAACUUAGGAGACCAAGCUGCCAGGCCGACCCUCCCUUCAAAGGCUCCCUCACACCAACACCCACUCUGUGUUGGUGUGAGGGGUGUGAGGAGUAGGACCUGCCAAACCCUCUGGCCUUUAUGCCUUUCUCCUACAGGCUGGGUUUGUCUGUUUCCUCUUCCAUUCCAAGGCUGACGUCCUUCCCUUUUCUAAGGCAAGUACGAGGGAGUUAGAUGAGGAGACAGGCCCAGGGAGUAGAACAUGGGUGCCGGGGGCUCCCUGAGGGUCUGAGGUACAGACAGGUCCCAAUUGUUCCGCUUCUGACCCAGACUCUGAUACUAGCCCAGGCUACAACCCAAGAGGACACAAGGUCCAAAGGUGGUUGCUGGAGAUUUUCGAGAGGAAGUUGUUGAGUCAGAGGGGACAGUCCUUGAGAACAGACUGACCUACAAAAAGAGACGUGUGAGUGUGUGUGCAUGGCCUGGAUGGGAGAGGGGAAGGUGGGAAAUGGAGCCCAGGUGGCUCACCUAUUGUAUGUGGGAGAUGAGGGAUGGAAAGGGCACAGCCAGCUGCCACCCCAUCAGGCUGUCAUCGCCCCUCCUUUAGUACUGCGGAUCAACUGUAGCAGAGAUGGCAGAAGUGAGCUGCAAAUGUCCCUUAAGGGACACGGAAGCUGUUGCGGUAGAUUUUGCCAAGCUGAGUGCUCCAAUUUCAGGGUUAGAGGGAAAUGUCAAGGGCUCCCUCAUGUUCUGCAGUCCUGGGCUGUUUCUGGUUUUCAGGUGCAGGGAGGGAAGGAGGCUGAAGGAAAUGGGGUAGAGAUGGGGGGCACCCAACAGGACUUCAGCCCAGACAGGGUCAGAAUGUUCUGAGUGCUAAAUUGAGUGACAAACAAAAAUGUCACAAGGGUACCAAAAGAAGGAAGUGUCAUAUAGCUUCUAAAGGAAGAUGAGGAAGCUUGAUGUCUGUCCCAGGGUCUCAGCUGCAUCCCAUGUGCUAUUGGCUCCUGUGCCUGGCAGAAGUGGGUGCUCAGUGCACAUUCACAGGAGUGAAUGCAUGAAGAAGAGAGGCUUUGAAAGAAGGGGCAAGGUAGUUUUAGCACAAGGACUAGAGGGAGCAAAAGUAUGUGAGUGGAGCAGGAAGCACGGUGGGACACAGACUAGAUGGACGUCCUUCAGCUCAGCAGAGGAAACACAGCAGCAAGCAAUAAAUAAAACCAAAUAGAGAAAAAAAAUAGAGGCAAACAGAAACAUGUAAACACAACAGCACUUUCAACUCCAUCAGCAUGAAAUGAUUGUGACUGGCUUGUGUUUGUGACAUCCUUGCCAUGCUUUCAAAAACUGUAAUGACCUCAGAAAUGAUCGCAGCUGACAGGG